GAGGUGGGCUCCGGGGGCACACUCGGGCUGAGCAGCCGAAAGUCCUGAGCGCCGUGGAGGACCGCAUGGACGAACUGGGUGCUGGCAUUGCACAGUCCAGGCGCACAGUGGCUCUCAUCAAGAGUGCAGCCGUGGCGGAGCGGGAGAGGGUGAGCCAGCUGUUUGCAGAGGCUGCGGCUGCCCUGCAGGGCUUCCAGACCCAGGUGCUGGCCUUCAUCGAGGAGGGGGAAGCUGCUAUGCUGGGCCGCUCCCAGGGUGACCUGCGGCGACAGGAGGAACAGCGCAGCCGCCUGAGCCGAGCCCGCCAGAAUCUCAGCCAGGUCCCCGAAGCCGACUCAGUCAGCUUCCUGCAGGAGCUGCUGGCACUAAGGCUGGCCCUGGAGGAGGGGUGUGGCCCUGGCCCUGGCCCCCCGAGGGAGCUCAGCUUCACCAAAUCUUCCCAAGCUGUCCGCGCAGUGAGAGACGUGCUGGCCGUGGCCUGCGCCAACCAGUGGGAGCAGCUGAGGGGGCCGGGUGGCAACGAGGACGGGCCACAGAAGCUGGAUUCGGAAGCUGAUGCUGAGCCCCAGGACCCCGAUAGCACGAACCUCUUGGAGAGUGAAGCUCCCAGGGACUAUUUCCUGAAGUUUGCCUACAUCGUGGAUUUGGACAGUGACACGGCAGACAAGUUCCUGCAGCUGUUUGGAACCAAAGGUGUCAAGAGGGUGCUGUGUCCUAUCAACUACCCCGAGUCGCCUACCCGCUUCACGCAUUGUGAGCAGGUGCUGGGCGAGGGUGCCCUGGACCGGGGCACCUACUACUGGGAGGUGGAGAUUAUCGAGGGCUGGGUCAGCGUGGGGGUCAUGGCCGAAGACUUCUCCCCACAAGAGCCCUACGACCGCGGCCGGUUAGGCCGCAACGCCCACUCCUGCUGCUUGCAGUGGAAUGGACGCAGCUUCUCCGUCUGGUUUCAUGGGCUGGAGGCUCCCCUGCCGCACCCCUUCUCGCCCACGGUCGGGGUCUGCCUAGAAUACGCCGACCGUGCCCUGGCCUUCUAUGCCGUGCGGGACGGCAAGAUGAGCCUCCUGCGGAGGCUGAAGGCCUCCCGGCCCCGCCGGGGUGGCAUCCCGGCCUCCCCCAUUGACCCCUUCCAGAGCCGCCUGGACAGUCACUUUGCGGGGCUGUUCACCCACAGGCUCAAGCCUGCGUUCUUCCUGGAGAGUGUGGACGCUCACCUGCAGAUCGGGCCCCUCAAGAAGUCCUGCAUAUCCGUGCUGAAGAGGAGGUGAUGCCGGGCACGGGCGCUCCUGCUGCGGUCUCUGCUCCAGGAAGCUGCCUCCUCUGGGCCCUCUCCUUCCUCUGGGGAAGGCACCAGCAUGAGUCCCAUACACUCAGCCUUCUCAUUUCUAGAGGCUUCCACCUUUUAUACACUCAGCCUCCCCCCUGCAAGGCAGGAGGCCCCCCAGACCCUGUUCCCCUGCAGACCUCGCUUCUGAGAGACAGAGCUACAGCUGGGACAGCUCCAAGCUACCCUGACCCCUCCUUUUCCAGGUUUCUAGAACAAUGUCUGGCAUAUAGUAGGUGCUCAAUAAACACUUGUUGAAUGAAUGA